AAUAUUUUAUUAAGAAAAAAAAAUAAAAAUGGAUUUAAGUUCAUUUUCUUUAGGAAAUGCAGAUAUGUUGCAGACGAUUGCAACUCUUCAAUGGAUCCAAAAUGGCGAUUCUGGAAUGUUAGAAAAACUGUCUUCAUUCAGAGUUGGAUAUGAGAUUUACCAGCGGAUGAGUGGGGAGAGGGAAGUUGAUGCACUAAGGGCACAGACGAUAGCAGGAAUUGCUAAAUAUGUCAAGGACCAUCCCAAUGCUAAAAAAGAAGAGCUCCAGAAAGAAAUAGCAAAACAUAUAUUUGCUUUUGCCCACAAAGUGGAGAAUUUGUAGAGAACAUGUCUAGAUCUGCCAGUUGUUACAUCUCAUAUUAUCUAAAAAAACAAUUUGAAUGUGUGGAUUGAUUGUUUUCAUGGACUGAGAUGUGUUAUU